CUGAUGACUGCCGCUGCCGCAGCGCUUGAUAACGAUUGAGAAAUCGCUCGUCGAUUCGCGCGUCGUGUCGAUGAUGAGCAGCGUUGUGUGGCGAGUUUAGUGCGCGAGUCCUGUGCGCGGGGGUUUGCAGCGCGCGCACGCGCGCGCCAUUUUGUCCAGAGGAAGCGGCGGCGCGCGCGCAGGAUGAGUGACUGACGGACGGACGGCGGGACUGCUGCGCUGCGGAGCGCGCCGACGCUCACCGAGAGGCGCUGUUCUUUUCUCUACGAGGCUUUGCAUCGGACAUACUUUGGAAAGGGAUUCCUGAGGAAGGCGGCUGGGAAUUAUUGCGGAUUCUUCCUGAGGAUUUUCAUACCUCUCGUCAGAAAGAAACGCGCGCGACACGAUCUUCACCAAUGGUUGUGCAAGUUGAAGAUCAACUCAACCAUCUCAAAACACGGCAAGACCCUGCUGAAACAUCAGGGCUGUUCUCACCUGGAAACCACUCGCGAGUCGCUUCAGUGGGCUGUGGUUUGCAGAUGGACUCCCCUGUCACAAUGAUAUGAGAUUUGUCAGAAGACGAUGCAUACAGGAGGAGAGACCUCAGCAUGCAAACCCUCCUCUGUUCGGCUGGCCCCCUCGUUUUCUUUCCAUUCGGCUGGUGUGCAGAUGGAUGCGCAGACGCCCCAUUCUCACCCGCCGUUCAGUGAUGGUCACCCGCAGAGCGCCGCUGACCAAUCAGCCGCCGCGCUGCCGUACAGCUCGCAGGCCCCGCAGCCCAACACCACCCAGGUAACUGCGGAUAUGGUGAUGCUACAGAGGCGGAUGCCGCAGUGUUUUCGGGAUCCAGCGACGGCGCCCUUAAGAAAACUCUCCAUCGAACUGAUCAAAACAUACAAACACAUCAAUGAGGUUUACUAUGCAAAAAAGAAGCGUCGUCACCAACAGGGUCAGGGCGAGGACUCCAGCAACAAGAAGGAGAGGAAGAUUUACAACGACGGCUACGACGAUGACAACUUUGACUACAUCGUUAAAAAUGGCGAGAAGUGGAUGGACAGAUAUGAGAUCGACUCUUUAAUAGGCAAAGGCUCGUUCGGACAGGUGGUGAAGGCGUACGAUCGUGUGGAGCAGGAGUGGGUCGCCAUCAAGAUCAUCAAGAAUAAAAAGGCUUUUCUCAAUCAGGCUCAGAUUGAAGUCCGACUGCUGGAGCUCAUGAACAAACACGACACCGAGAUGAAGUACUACAUCGUUCACCUGAAACGCCAUUUCAUGUUCCGGAACCACUUGUGUCUGGUCUUCGAGAUGCUGUCCUAUAACCUGUACGACCUGCUGAGGAACACCAAUUUCCGCGGCGUGUCUCUGAACCUGACGCGCAAGUUCGCUCAGCAGCUGUGCACCGCGCUGCUCUUCCUGGCCACGCCUGAGCUGAGCAUCAUCCACUGUGACCUCAAACCCGAGAACAUCCUGCUCUGCAACCCCAAGAGAUCCGCCAUCAAGAUCGUGGAUUUCGGAAGCUCCUGUCAGCUGGGACAGCGGAUAUACCAGUACAUCCAGAGUCGCUUCUACCGCUCCCCUGAGGUGCUGCUGGGAAUGCCGUACGAUCUGGCCAUCGACAUGUGGUCUCUGGGCUGCAUCCUGGUGGAGAUGCACACCGGAGAGCCUCUGUUCAGCGGCGCCAAUGAGGUCGACCAAAUGAAUAAAAUCGUGGAGGUUUUGGGAGUCCCUCCCAGUCACAUUCUGGAACAGGCACCUAAAGCCAGGAAGUUCUUUGAGAAGAUGUCUGACAGCACGUGGUGCGUGAAGAAGACCAAAGAUGGCAAAAGGUAUAAACCCGCAGGCUCCCGGAAGCUGCACAGUAUUCUGGGCGUGGAGGCGGGCGGCCCCGGCGGGCGGAGAGCUGGAGAGUCGGGCCACGCCGUCGCUGACUACCUGAAGUUCAAAGACCUGAUCCUGCGGAUGCUGGACUACGACCCCAAGACGCGCAUCCAGCCGUACUACGCGCUGCAGCACAGCUUCUUCAAGAAAACUGCAGACGAGGGCACGAACACCAGCAGCAGCGUGUCCACGAGUCCAGCGCUGGAACAGUCGCAGUCGUCCGGAACCACGUCCAGCACCUCCUCCAGUUCAGGAGGUUCUUCUGGAACGAGCACCAGCGGCCGCGCCCGCUCUGACCCGACCCAUCAGCACCGGCACAGCAGUGGACACUUCAGUGCUGCGGUGGGCAUGGACUGCCACAACCUCUGCCCGCAGGCGAGACAGGCCUUCGCUCCGGCGCUGGGUUGGGUCGGAGGAGACGGGCUUCAGCAGGCGGCGGGAGAGACCCACCCCGUCCAGGAGACCACCUUCCACGUGCCGCCCCACCAGCCCAAGGCUCUGCACCCUCACGCCUCCCACCACCACCAUCAUCACCACCACCAUCACCACCACCCGCCGCAGCACGGCCAGGGCCCCGCCCGGCCCCGACCCCGCCUCUACUCGCCCUCUCACAGCGCCUCCACGCAGGACUCAAUGGAGGUGACGCACGGCCACCUGUCCAUGACCUCCCUGUCUUCCUCCGCCUCGUCCUCAUCCACGUCCUCGUCCUCCACGGGGAACCAUCACUACGCCUACCAGAGCCGCCCACUGCCGCACGGACUGGGCUUCGGCCACAACGGCAGCAUGACUUUGGGACUGGGUGCCUUCUCCAACCCGCGGCAGGAGACGGGCGUGCCGGGUCACCCCUCGAACUCUGGGCCGGGCCACUACAUAGCCGAGACUCACAUGGGCCUGAGGCCGGGCCUGGAGCGCGAGGAGUCGCCCAUGGCGGGCGUGUGCGUGCAGCAGAGCUCGGUGGCCAGCUCCUGACUAGCCUGAGGACGCUAAAGCUGCCGGAGCGGGACCGGAGCCGGGCGUCGGCUUCGGCUCUUCCCGCUCUCCGGUUCUCAGACGGCUGCGGAGGCUCGUUCACACGCAGGCGCGCGUGCGGGAGACGGCGAGAGCGCGAGCGUCACGUCUGCCCCCUUGCGUCCGCAUCUUUUCUUCUUCAUGUCGUGCAAUCGUGUGCUUCGAGCAGAGCUUUCCCAGAGUGCAAUGAGAGGUGGCCGCGGGCAGUGCUUCUUUAAUAUGGCCUUAUCGUUACGGACUGAACGAAGACGAACGAGCCGGACGUUUCCUCUUCUUCUUCUUCUUCUUCUUCUUCUUCUUCUUCAAGCGACAAAAGCUUUCAUGUAUUUUUGGCGGCGUGCGAACACCCUUCAUUCGCCACACACACACGAGAACAGAAUGGUGAUUUGAGGCCUUUCUUACCCAGAGAUCCAGCGUCGGGCGUCCGUGCCGCAGGACUGCCGUGUCCCUUCCCGCUCUUCUCUCGUGCUUUAUCUCAUCGGCUCUGAUUUGCGCAGCAUGUGUGUUUUACUUUCACCCUCCUGCUUCUUUGAUUUGGCUUCACGAUUAUGCUGUGAAUUUUACACCACUUUUGUUUCUCCCUUUUGAUCAUUUAUUGUACCAAAGGCGUUUUUUUAUAGAACAUAGAUGUCUGUAACCAAUAAUGUAGCAGUUCUGCACUUUGAAGCGAAGGUGUGUGUCUUGUCAUGUCAGUAAAGGACUGUCAGAACUGGAAGUGAUGAUGUUUGAUGUGGCGGCACAUUACAGAGAGCCCGAUCCUGGACGCCAUCGCUUACGAAAUUCUGUCGCUCUGUUUUUCUUUCUCUUCAUUUCCUCUUACCAGACGGUGGCGGCGGCCGCAACACGAGCUCAAGCGUGUCCCGUCGGUGUUUUCUGUUGGUUCGGCUCUCGGUGGACGCGGCGAGCUGCUCGGCUGGUCCCAGAGCAGCUGGACAGUCGGAGAUCUUCUCACGGCAGCGCCCUCUCGCAACUAAAGCAAUCCGGCGGAGAGCGGGAGGGAGACGGUCGGCUCGGCGGUGCGCGCACACGCGCUCUCUCUCUCUCUCUCUCUCUUUCUCUCUCUCUCUCUCUCUCUCUCUCUCAGUCCGUCCGUCCGUCUGCGCGGUUGUGAUCGGAUGCACGGUUCUUUAGGGUUCCUGUGGUCACGGCAUACGGAGGGAGUCCAAGAAACAGGCUUCAGGUGUUUACUUUGUGACCCCAUUUUAAUAGCUGAAAUAGAAUUUAUGUACAUAUUUAUAUUUUUUUAAUAAAGGAAGUUUAGAACUCACUACUUUUUUCCUAAUGGUAUUUUGAGUACAUUUAAGUCAACUUGGUAACAUGCAGUGGAAGUUCUCUAUGGUAGUCAAUGGGUAUCAGUGCUUCCAGGCCAAAGUAGUUGACGAUGACGAGGACGAGGACGACGCUAGUACAAAUGCAAAACUCUAGGGUUGAAACGGGACGGAGAGUAGAUCUUCAUACUUUAAUAUUCUAGACAGGGUAUCGUGUGUGUGGAUGUGGCAUCGGCCGGCGUUUCACAUGUUCGUAUACUCCAGCGGUGACCUAGUAUACGUAGUGCAGGAACUAAUUUUCCGUUUAGUUGUGUUUUUAUGGCACACGCUUCAAUAAAUGGGUCCAUUUGAAAGCAGAGGUGUGUGUGUGCGCGUGCGUGUGUGUGUGUGUGUGUGUGUGUGUGUGUGCGCGCGCGUGUGUGUGUGUGAGAGACAAACAUCAACAGCGUUUCAGGUCACACUUUAUGAUUUGAAAUCUCUCUCUCCCUGGUCCGACUUUCCCCUCGGCUUCCCGUCCGGUUCGCAUUCUCACUCCUCGUUUGGUUCCAGGACAUGUGAUGAUGAUGAUGAUGAUGAUGAUGAUGAUGUAAACAGAACGACAGACGGAUAUUUCGGAUCUUUAUCCACAGGUUGUAAGAUCAGGACUUUCUGUGUAAAUUAAACGUGUCACUGAGGGGCAGUAAUGGACAAACCCUUUGUACUAUAUUCAAGCGGUCUUAUGUAUGAUUAUAAAAAAACAAAGUUGCUUAA